GAGCGCACGGAGAGGAGAGGAGAGCGGAGCGGAGAACAGUGGCGAGGCAGCAGCGCCGCUGACACGAGUGGCGGAACCGAGUAGUCAUUUUUACCACCUCUAUCACAGCUGAAGCCGGCUCCAGCUUUCUCACAGACACUGGAACUAAAGAGACUUUACACCCACACCGCUGGCUUUGGACUUCAUCUGUAGAUCCUGUGCUGGAGUAGCGGAGGGGGAUUCUUAUUUCCCCCCCCAACACCAUCACCGUGGACGGAGGAGUUGUGUGUGUUUGCGCGUGUUACGCCGUGUCUACUCUGUAAUGGACAAAAGUGGACUGAGGAGUGGAGUAGCGCCGGAGGGUUCGAGUCUGGUGAGAAUGUGCGCCAUGCCCGGGAUCCUGGUUCUCUUGGUGCUUGCACACGCAGUAGUCGCUCAAGUGAGGGAUGAGGAUGAUUUCCUUAGCCUGAGUGAACUUCCUGAAACCUUCCCUUCCGACCCUCCAGAGCCCUUACCACACUUCUUGUUCGAACCCGAAGAAGCCUACAUUGUGAAGAAUAAGCCUGUCAAUCUGUACUGCAAGGCGACACCUGCCACACAGAUUUAUUUUAAAUGCAACAGUGAGUGGGUUCAUCAGAAAGACCACACCGUGGAGGAGAGAGUUGAUGAAAAUUCAGGUCUAGUUGUACGAGAAGCCAGUAUAGAAAUAACACGGCAGCAAGUGGAGGAGCUAUUUGGUCCUGAAGAUUACUGGUGUCAGUGUGUGGCCUGGAGCUCCGCUGGAACCACCAAAAGCCGCAAGGCACAUGUCCGCAUUGCAUACCUGAAGAAGUCAUUUGAACAAGAACCCCUUGGAAAGGAAGUGUCCCUGGAGCAGGAGGUGCUGCUACAGUGUCGACCUCCGGAGGGCAUACCAGUUGCUGAGGUGGAGUGGUUAAAGAAUGAAGAGAUAAUUGACCCAGCGGAAGACAGAAACUUUUAUAUCACCAUUGACCACAAUUUGAUCAUCAAACAGGCGCGUCUGUCUGACACAGCCAACUAUACGUGUGUAGCUAAGAACAUUGUGGCCAAAAGACGAAGUACUACAGCCACUGUUAUUGUGUACGUAAACGGUGGCUGGUCAACAUGGACAGAGUGGUCUCCUUGUAACAGUCGCUGUGGACGAGGCUUCCAGAAACGAACCAGAAGCUGCACUAACCCUGCUCCUCUUAAUGGAGGAUUGCCUUGUGACGGACAGGCCAUACAGAAGCUACCCUGCACCACACUGUGCACUGUGGAUGGAGUGUGGACAGACUGGAGCAAGUGGUCAGCCUGUGGGACAGAGUGUACUCAGUACAGGAGGAGAGAGUGCAACAACCCUGCGCCUAAAAAUGGUGGAAAGGACUGUGAGGGCCUGGUGCUCCAGUCUCAAAACUGUACCUAUGGGCUCUGUAUGCAAAGUUCAUUGUUUCAGAAGUCCACUGAGCCCAAAGAACAGAAUGCUUUGGGAGUGCCAUCUGCCCCAAGUACAGAUGACGUGGCUCUUUACGUGGGCAUUGUCAUCGCCGUGAUUAUGUGCCUGUUCAUCUCUGCCAUUGUGGCACUCUUUGUAUAUCGCAAGACGCACCGUGACUUUGACUCGGAUAUCAUUGACACCUCAGCACUGAAUGGAGGCUUCCAGUCUGUUAAUAUAAAGACAGCGAGAUCAGCUGAUCUACUGACUGCGCCUCCUGAUCUGACAAAUGCAGCUGCAAUGUAUCGUGGCCCAGUUUACGCACUUCACGACGUGUCUGAUAAAAUUCCGAUGACCAACUCCCCCCUCCUGGAUCCUCUUCCUAACUUGAAGAUCAAAGUCUACAACUCAUCAGGCCUGGUCACACCACCAGAUGACCUCAGUGGGGACUUCACCUCAAAAUUGUCUCCUAAGGUUACUCAGUCUCUGUUGGAUAACAGUGACAGCCUGAACCUUCGUAGCCAGAGUUUAGCCCGGAUUAGAGAUCCCUCCUGUACUGCUCACGGAUCCUUCAAUAAUCAGGGAGGACACCUCAUCGUACCCAACUCAGGUGUGAGCUUGUUGGUGCCAGCAGGCGCUGUCCCACAGGGUAGAGUGUAUGAGAUGCAUGUUACUGUGCACAGGAAGGACAGCUUAAGACCUCCAGUUGAAGACAUCCAGACAGUUCUCAGCCCAGUGGUGAGUUGUGGACCCCCAGGAGUUCUGUUGACCAGACCAGUGAUACUCACUAUCCACCACUGUGCAGACAACGUCCAUGAAGACUGGCUCAUACAGCUCAAGAAUCAGCUGCCCAUGGGAGAAUGGGAGGAUGUGGUUGUAGUGGGGGAGGAAAACUUCACCACCCCCUGCUAUGUGCAGAUGGACUUGGAGGCAUGUCACAUUUUGACAGAGACACUGGGGACGUAUUGUCUAGUGGGGCAGUCAAUUGGCAAAGCAGCUGCUAAAAGGCUCAAACUGGCAGUUUUUGGGCCUGUAUCGUGCACAACUUUGGACUAUCACAUCAGGAUUUAUUGUUUGGACGACACUCAGGAUGCACUUAAGGAGGUUCUUCAGAUGGAGACCCAAAUGGGAGGGAUGCUACUGGAUGAGCCAAAGACUCUGAACUUCAAAGACAGCACACAUAAUCUGAGACUGUCAAUCCAUGAUGUGCCACACACACACUGGAAGAGUAAACUUAUCGCAAAAUAUCAGGAGAUUCCAUUCUACCAGGUGUGGAGUGGCUGUCAGAGAUCUCUUCACUGUACCUUCACCCUGGAGAGACUGAGCUCAGCCAUCACAGAGAUCAACUGCAAGCUGUGUGUGCGGCAGGUAGAAGGAGAAGGGCAAAUCUUUCAAAUCAGCAACACAUUGGAGGAGGAAGUCCAGUGCAUAGACACAUCCCUGAUGGACCCUGCCAGUAAUAUCACAACCUUAAUGGGGCCUAAUGCCUUCCGUAUUCCUUUAUCCAUCAGACACAAGUUGUGUGGCAGUUUGGAUGCACCACAGACCAGAGGCAAUGACUGGAGGAUGCUGGCUCACAAACUCAACCUUGACAGAUACCUGAACUACUUUGCCACCAAGUCCAGUCCAACAGGUGUCAUCCUGGAUCUCUGGGAAGCCCAACAUUUUCCUGAUGGAGAUCUAAAUGAAUUGGCUGCUGUGCUGGAAGAAAUGGGCCGUCACGACAGCAACCUUUCCUCCAUGACAUCAGAACACUGACAAAGCAACAUUUUUAUUAUGAUGACGGCAAAUCUCCUGAGAUAAUUACAUGUGGAUUGUCUGUGGUUGAUCCUGCAGAUAAACCGGUUAGAUACAAGUCAAAGCAAAACUGUCACUAUGGUGGCUGAGCACUGUUUAAAAACAUUGGUAAUCAAUCAGAUGUGGUAAAGCAAAUAUGUGCUCAAGCUGGUGCUCAGUGUUUAUGUGUUAAUACAGAAGAGAUAAACCUACGUAUCAAGAGUAAAGGGAAUUUAUGUACACCUAAAAAGGAAAAAAAAAAAAUUAUAACAGUUAUUUUUUUGCUGUUUUGACGAACAGUCAGCAAAGAAAAGAAACCAGUGGAAACAGACACUAACCUUGAAAUCAUCUAUAGGAAGAGAACAAAAUUAUAAAGGAAGGAAAGGUAAACCAAUUACAGUGGAGAAGGAUUUAGCAGAUUGAGGAUAAACAUAGACGCAGGUAGACUUUUCUCAAAAGAUGAGAGCAAACACAGAGAGCAGCUAAACUGAUUAGAGAAUGGAGUGAGGACAUCAACAUUAAAUGAUGGAAGCAGUGGGCAGGUGACCAUCUGGAUGGAGAGCAGAUAAUGAGAGUGGAGAUGAAGAAGAAGAGACUUGAGAGCCUAAGCUGUCUGUGUUUGUCAGUACGGUUUGUCGUCUUUAAAUCGUCUCUUAGGGAACGCUCUAUGUAUCACGCUAUCUGUAUGCGUGGCUCAUUUCCUGCUGCAGAUUUUCUGACGCAGUGCUUGUUAAUCAGGAGUCCUGACUAGAAACAGGUUUUUAACCCUUUUGGAUGAUUUUAAAAGUUCUGUUAGAGUUUUUUGUAUGUGACUGUUGAUGUAUUGAUGUGUUUUUUCAGACCUAAGGAUUUUAAAUCAUCUGGGUCAGGAGAGCAGGAGAGGCAAGAUUAUUUUGUUAGAUAAGUUAAUCCAAAGAUUGUUCUUUAGAUAGGUGCAGGUAAACUUAUUACCAUGGUUAGGCGGUGGAAAUCUGAUCAAACAGAAAAACAGUAGCACAGCCCCUUUUAUGUAUUUUUUUUAACUUCUAACUUUCACAUUUCAAUCCAGCAAAGAUUUUUCUUGACAACAAAAUUAAGUGCUGUCAUGCAGCGGUGAUGCUGUCUCUUUUUUUUUUUUUUACUAAAACUUUAUACUCUGAAAGCUUUCUGCCAGACUGUUCAGGCUUGUUUCUGGCAAGGGUCAAACUCCAAGAAACAACUGACACUAGAGUAUUUUUUAAAUUCAGUUAUAAACCAACCCAGUAUUAUGUGACAGUAUUUUUUUCUCCCCAUCUUCACAGGAUGUCAGUUAAAUUAUCCAACUGUGACUUUGUUGGUCACUGGCACCAUCUAGUGGCCUUGAAAGAAUUACAGCAUUAAAAUGAACAUUUGUUCCCAUCUUCACAGUGUAAAUACAUGGUUAUAUUGUUCAUUGUAAUAUUUUUCUCAGCAUAAUAUUUUUUUCUUUGCUUAUUAAUAUUUGCAUAAACAGUUUUGUCAUAAUUUUAUCAUGUAUUGUUUUGAACUAACCCCGCCUCCCGCCCAUAGACUGCUGGAGAUAGGCACCAGCGACCCCCACGACCCACUAUGGAAUGAGCGGUAGAAAAUGUCUGACUGACGGACUGUUUUGAACUACAUGGAUGAGCAUCAUUUAACAUUUUUUUUACCUGUUAUCUGUUGGCAUGUAACAAUCCAGCACAAAGCAUUUUUUUGAAAAUGUUAAUAUCCACAGAACUGAAGGGGCCUUUGUUAAAUGAAGUAUGACUAUUUUAAAAGUUUGGUUUGAUUCAGGUCAACAGUUUUAUGUAUAUAAAGAAUCCCAGAUCAGUGUUGAAUGAAUAGUUGUCAGAUGCCCCUGGGAAUGUUUGGGAUGUUUACCAUUUCAGUAGACCACAGGAACACAGGAAAAUGCAUAUAAAAUAUUCACAAGGAUGUACGGAGACAUACCAUAGGUAACUGAACAUUAGCUGUGCAGAGGAGCUUCUGCAAAAAUCUUGUCGAAAGAGAAAGAACGUGAUUAAGUUGAGGACCGGUCAAAAGGUUAAAUGCUUACCUGGAAAUCUUGUGGGUAUAAAACUAAGAUUUAGACCUCCUGCACAGAUUUAAAGCUAGAUGAUGAAGAGGCCUCUAAAUAAUUAUGUUUUAAGUGCUCAGAAUUAGAACACACACAACCUUGCAAAGGAUUUGUACUCCUUGAGCUUUUCCUACUUUCUCAUGUAACAUCCACAAACUUCACUAUAGUUUAUUGGGAUUUUGUAUGACAUGUCAUCUCAUAGUAAUGCACAGUUGAGAAAUGGAAAGCAAGUGAAAAAUGGUUUUCAAAAUAUUUUUAAAUGAAAAUCUGAAAAGUAGGUUGUGUAUUUGUAUUUGCUUUACUUGGUCCUGCCAAGUUAAAAACUUUCUAGAACCACCUUUAACUAGAAUUAGAGCUGCCAGUAGUGUGGAAUAUGUCUACUCCUGCUUUGCACAUCCAGAGACUGAAAUCUUUGCUGAUUCUUCUUUGCAAAAUUUCUCAAUCUCAGUCAGAUUGGAUGGAGAGCAUGUGUGAAAAUCUAUUUUUGAGUCUUGCCACUGACUGUCAGUAAAAUUUAGGUCUGGACUUUGACUGGGCCAACCUAAAACACAAACAUGUUUUGAUCUAAAUCAUUCCAUUGUAGGUCUGUCUGAAUGUUUAGGAUUAUUGUCCUGCUGGAAGGUUCACCUCCACACCAGCCCCAAAUCGUUUACAGUGUCUUACAGGUUUUUUCUAUAUUAGUCCAGUAGUUAAUGCCAUCCAUCUCCCAUGAACGCUGAGCAGUUUUCCAGUCCCAGCUGAAGAGAAACAAAUUUAAUAGUUGUCUUGUCAACAUAUUCUCCCACCCGAAACAUCUACAACUUUAUUCCUGAUCUGUCUGCUGUGUUCCAUGAUGCUGUUUGUUCACUAAUGUUUUCCGACAAAUCACUGAGGCACUCAGAAAACAGCUGGAUUUAUUGUGACAUAAAAUUUAACACAGGAGCCAUGCAUCAUUCUGCUUCCCCUUUACAAUUGUGCAUUAUUUUCUGUGUUUCAGUCACAAGAAACAUUGUGUUUGAUAGCUAUGCGAUGAAAUGUGAAAAACCUCAAGUAGUAAAACAACAUUUAUAAGGUAUUGUAUAAAUGGCAGAUAAUCUUAUGGAUCCUCUAAAUUCAGGUAUGAGAAAAUCAAAGGGAAGGGUUGGGGAUAUGAGGAUACAUGAUUUAUGAGGAUGAAAGCCUAGCCCAUCAAGUCCUUGGUUCUGACCUUUGAGAGCAACUAUAAAACACAGAAACAUAUUUCGCAUAGCUUCAUUGUUAAAGCUGUAUUUAAGUUGUGUCAUACAAGAUCUAUUUUUUAACUGAGUAAACAGUGUUUUAUGUAACUUCACAUAUUUGUUCAUGAAUAUACAGCUUACCAGCAGAAUGAGCAUUCAUCUUUGUGUUGUACAUCCAGAUACAUCCAGAUCUCCUGAAUGAUCCUUCAUGUUGUGAAAACAAAGAAAGUAGUGUAAAGAUAUCAAAAUAUUUAAAAAUAUUUUUUAUCUACAAUCUGUACAGUUGUGUACUGUUGGCUAUAUUUGACAUAUUUCAGAAUUUCAAAAGAGCAGUACAAUUAGAUACUAGUUUGUAUGUUUUAAAGUUUCUUUUGAGUUUUUCCAGUUUUGUAAAAGCAGUGUCUACUAUGCAAACAUUGGUUAUCAUGAUAGAAGUCUAUAACUAGAAAUGUCCUUGUAAUUUUGCAUUUUAUUUUAUUAUCACAAGUGAUUUGAUUUGAUUAGUGUGGGAUAGUAUUGGUCCAUUUUAGCUAACUCUGGCACGUUUCAGGAGUCUUGCUUAAUCUUGCUGACUGCUUGCCUCUCUAUCUCAUCUAAUUGUUUUCUGUACAAAGUGUAAGAAAGAAUUUUUAAGACAAUUAAUAAAUUAUAUUUAUAAGCAAUGCUGAAA